UGAACAAAAGACUGAUUAUCUGUUCAGACGUUAUUGUGCAGAUCCACAUUUAAGCAUCUUACUAUACACUGUUAAACCCAGUGUUUGUGUUCUUUCUUUCAGUUUCCUUCUGCUUCUGAGUUCAAAGAGCUUUUUCUCAUCCCCAUCCUGGAGUGCCCCUACAGCUGCCUGUUUGGUACAUUCCUCUACAGCAGUGAGCAGGAGAGAAUGGAAAAGGAAGUACAGGGUAAAACGGUCACUGUGGUCCUACAUUAACAGUCAGCCGGAGGACUUCACUAACCCGUUCUAUGUGGACUGUAAAAACCAGGUGCUGUAUCCACUGGCCAGUCUCACACAUCUGGAGCUCUGGGUGGGUUAUGUGCGCUGGAACCCACGCAUGAGACCACAGGUGAGGACUCGCUCGAGCUUCACAUGGUGCGGCUGGAACUGGAGGAUUUGGAGAAGCAGAUCCGCGGCCUACGCGAGAAGCAGGCCCAGCUGCUGGAGCGACAAACUGCGCUGGAAACAUCUUGUGCCUCUGCCCACAUAUCCAAGGUAAGCACACAGCGUGCUAUUUCCACUCCCAGGCCCUCUACGCCGUGUGUUUCUCUGUGCAGGGACCGUGCACCUAGGACCUUCCCAGCCGUGGUCUCCGUCACGCCGGCGCCAACACACCUCGGGCCUUGGGUGAACCAGCGGCGGAAGGCGCGGGCUGGACCCCAGGUGAGGAGCUCGCCACCUCCGGUGUUCGAGAUUCCGACCAGACCUAACGCUGUGAUCGUCGGGGACUCCAUUGUGCGGAACGUCCGUGUAGCCUCAUCUAAAGGUAAGGUGCACACACACUGUUUUUCUGGUGCUCGUGUCCUUGAUGUCGCUGCGCAGGUAUCCGGGAUCCUGAAGAAGGACGAGCGCAUUGGAGCUGUUGUGCUGCACGCUGGGACGAACGACACCAGGCUGCGGCAGACGGAGGUUCUGAAGAGGCACUUGUCCAGCCUGAUCGAGACGGUACGAGGCAGAUCACCCGCCGCGAAGAUCAUCGUCUCUGGACCUCUUCCCACAUACAGACGUGGAGCAGAAAAGUUCAGUAGACUUCUAGCUUUAAAUGAUUGGUUAGUCUCUUGGUGUAAUGAGCAGAAUUUGGUGUUUGUCAAUAACUGGAAUCUGUUCUGGGAGCGUCCUAGGUUGUUUCAUCCUGAUGGCCUGCAGCCUCGGAGCGGAACUGCUGUCUGACAACAUCUCCAAGGCGCUACACUCCAAGUGACUGUCUACCGUAAGUACAUCUUCUGACAAUAACGACAUUCAGUAUAAUCAAUGUUCAAUUAAUAAUCCGGGCCCGGUAAUACAUACUAUAGAGACUGUGUCUGUUCCCCGAGCUAUACAAAUAUAUAGACAAUCUCGGAAAGUCUGUCUUCGUAACCUAAUUAACCUAAAAUUAGAUCAUACUGAAUGCACAUCCAGCACCUUUAAUCUGAAGCUAGGACUAUUAAACAUUAGAUCUCUUGCGUCUAAGGCUCUUAUUGUUAACGACAUCAUUACUGAUCAGGAAUGUAAUUUAAUGUGUUUAACAGAAACUUGGAUUAAACCAAACGAGUACAUAGCAUUAAAUGAAGCCAGUCCUCCUGGAUACAGUUAUGUACAUCAGCCUCGUUCAACUGGUAGAGGAGGAGGUGUUGGUCUCAUCCAUAGAAAAAACCUAAGCAUAAAUUUAAUUCUUCUGAAAUUCUUUAUACCAGUAUAAAGUUAUUUUUUGUGGCUACAUAAGUAAAUUCCUCUCUUAUUUACAGGCCCCCAGGGCCAUAUACUGAAUUUCUUAGUGAAUCUGCAGACUUUGUCUCAAACCUGGUUGUGUCUGUAGAUAAAGCAUUAAUCGUCGGAGACUUUAAUAUUCACUUUGAUAACCCAGAAGACCCUCUGAGAACAGCGGUUGUGUCCAUCUUAGAUUCAGUAGAGGUCAAUCAGAACGUAAUCGGACCUACUCAUAAUGGUGGUCACACUCUUGACCUCAUACUAACAUACGGACAAUGUAUAGGAAAUAUUGUAACACUUCCACAGUCUGAAGUUGUCUCCGAUCAUUCUUAUGUCGUUCAUAAUACGUAUGGAUCAUAUUUCCACCUCGCCUCGCUACCGCGUAAAACGUACUUUCACAUCAGCUACUGCACCGAGCUUCAUCAAUAACCUCGCAGAAACAUCAGUUAGAUUUGGAUCACCGUCAGAUCACAUAGAACUCGAUCAGGCAACUGAAAGCUUAGAGUCAACACUCCGCUGCACGCUAGAUAGAGUGGCUCCACUCAAAAGAAAAAUAAUUAGAGAAAAAAACUAGCACCCUGGUAUAACGAUCAAACGCGAACCUUAAAACAGACAACUCGACAAUUAGAACGUAAACGGCGUCAAACCAAACUGGUGAUAUUUCAAACAGCGUGGAAGGAGAGCCUACUGAAAUAUAGGAAAUCUCUUGGCGAUGCUAGAAAAAUCUAUUUCUCCACCUUAAUAGGAGACAACAAAAACAAUUCUAGAUUCCUUUUCAACACAGUAGCAAAAUUAACUAGGAAUGAAACCACUACAGAGAGAAACACUCAAUCAUUACAUAGCAGUGAAGAUUUCAUGGAAUUUUUCAUUGAUAAGGCUGAAAAUAUUAGACGUGAAAUACAGGCCAUUAAAUUAAAACCGGACAGUACUGUAACAAACCCAUUACAUGACAAUGUAGCAAUAUCAGAUCAAUGUUUAGAGUAUUUUGCUCCGCUUAGAGAGACCGAACUAGCUACAUUAAUCUCUUCAGCCAAUUCAUCAACUUGCAUACUAGAUCCUGUGCCUACAUGUUUGUUUAAACAGAUUUGUCCAGGAGUAAUUGAACCACUUCUAAAUAUAAUCAAUUCUUCCCUAAGCACUGGCUAUGUACCUAAAUCACUUAAAUUAGCAGUUAUUAAACCUUUGAUUAAAAAACCUGACCUUGACCCCUCUCAACUGUCCAGCUAUAGACCAAUAUCAAAUCUCCCCUUCAUCUCUAAGAUCUUAGAAAAGGUUGUACACAGCAGCUCUGCUCGUACUUAGAUAGGAAUAACAUUCAUGAAAUGUAUCAGUCAGGAUUUAGACCUCAUCAUAGCACAGAGACAGCAUUAGUUAAAGUAGUAAAUGACCUACUACUGACCUCUGAUCAGGGUUGUGUCUCACUGCUUGUGUUACUCGACCUUAGUGCAGCUUUUGAUACUAUAGAUCACACUAUUCUCCUUGAUAGAUUAGAAAAUGUUGUUGGUAUUAAGGGAACAGUCCUCUCCUGGCUCAGGUCUUAUCUGACCGAUCGUUAUCAGUUCGUAGAUGUAAAUGGUGAUUUCUCCGUGCAUACUGAGGUUACUUUUGGAGUUCCACAGGGUUCUGUUUUAGGCCCACUGCUCUUUACUUUAUAUAUGCUACCCUUAGGACAAAUUAUUCAUAAACAUGGAAUUAUCUUCCACUGUUAUGCUGAUGAUACACAGUUGUAUGUUUCAGCGAAGCCAGAGGACAGACAGAAGCUUAGUAAAGUUGAGGAUUGUGUAAAGGACAUUAGACAUUGGAUGUUAAGUAACUUCCUUUUACUUAAUUCUGAUAAACAGAAAUACUUUUAUUAGGCCCACGUGUAGCUAGAAGUAAUCUUUCUGAUCACAUGGUUACUCUGGAUGGUCUUUCUGUUUCAUCAUGUGCAGCAGUAAAAGACCUUGGAGUGAUUAUUGACUCCGGCCUAUCAUUUGAUGCUCAUGUAGAUAAUAUUACUAGGAUAGUCUUCUUUCAUCUCAGAAAUAUUUCUAAGAUAAGAAACAUUGUCACUACAUGAUGCAGAAAUACUAGUUGCAUGCAUUCGUCACCUCUAGAUUAGAUUACUGUAAUGCCUUACUGUCUGGAUGUUCCAGUAGGAAUAUAAAUAAGCUCCAGUUAGUCCAGAAUGCAGCUGCUAGAGUCCUAACUAGAACUAGAAGAUACGACCAUAUCACACCAAUAUUAUCAGUACUGCAUUGGCUCCCAGUAAAAUCUUGCAUUAACUAUAAGAUACUUUUAUUAACCUAUAAAGCACUAAAUGGUCUCGCGCCACAAUAUCUAAGCGACCUUUUGGUUUUCUAUGAUCCGCCACGCCUACUUGGAUCAAAAGAUGCAGGCUAUUUGACGGUACCUCGAAUAGUGAAGGCUACAGCAGGGGGAAGAGCUUUCUCUUAUAGAGCCCCACAGUUAUGGAACAGUCUUCCUAUUAGUGUUCGGGACUCAGACACAGUCUCAGUGUUUAAGUCUAGGCUUAAAACGUAUUUGUUUACUCAAGCCUACCCUGACUACCCUGUUCUACUACUUCGCAGUCAUAAUCUUUUUUCUCCCUCUCUCCUUUCGCCGAACCCCCCACGAAUUUAUGGAGAUACUAGAGAUCCGGAUCCUUUCUGCCUCUGGAUGGAGCUCAAAUCUUCUCUAAUUCCAGACUGCUGGGACUACGGCUGCUCCUAAGGCCAUACAGACUUCAUAUAAAUCCAUAAUGAAAUUUUUCACACUAACUGUUGUUACCCAGAUGAGGAUGGGUUCCCUUCUGAGUCGGGUUUCUUCCUCUUAAAACAUCUUAGGGAGUUUUUCCUUGCCACCGUCGCCACUCAGGGGCUUGCUCAGUUGGGAUAAAUUCACACCUUUAAUAUCUGUAUACCAUGUUGAUAUUUCUGUAAAACUGCUUUGAGACAAUGUCUAUUGUAAAAAGCGCUAUACAAGUAAAAUUGAAUUGAAAUAAAAAAAGAUUGGUCUAGUCACGUAUCGUGCUGUAACAGAGAUAAGGUAGGAUGCAAGCGCAGUGUGAACAGUUUUAUUGAGAGACACACAGGCAGGUAAAUCCAGAACGUGAUCCAAAAACGUAAUCCAGUAACAUGCAAGGCAGGAAUCAAAGUCGUGGUCACGGGAUACAGGGUCGAUAUACCAAACAUGAAACAAACAACAGCGAGGGACUGGUAGCGGAGAAACCAGCGUGAACUUAACAAACGAACCUAAACAUGAAACUAUGGACCGACUGUGGGUAUCUAUUGUAAGGACUCUAAACUAAUCUACUAUAACUCAUUCAAUAUUCCGCGCCGUGUGCUGGGAGGCACGCAGUAUAUAUGCGGAGAUAAUCAGCAUUGUAAUGGCUGACGGCUGAGGGCAAUUCAGACACACGUGAAACUACAGCCAACGACAGAACAGGGAGGAGACAUGACAGAAACAUAAACAAAUGCAUGUGUCGAAAUGUCACGAUUGUCCACAAGGGAAAAGCAGGUGCUCGCGUGCUCACAUGCUCCACAGCACGCUGCUUAAAGGGGAACUCGUGACAGGUAUCUGGAUCGUAUCAUCAGUAAAAAUCCUGAUCGGAGCGUCAGUAAUGAACACCAUUAAACUAAAGCGCUGUGCAUCCGACGGGUAAAUGAACUCACCCAAUCACAUCCUAUAUGAGAUUAUUCAGAUAUCUACACAAUACACACAGAGCGGUUCGAGAACUGACUCCAGCCCAGAACCAUGACAGUGGAAAUGUCUAAUAGUGUAGCUUUAAAUAUAUUUAAGAGGAGCAGACUUCAAACACUGAACAUUGAGGUUUAUUGUAUUUGUUUACGAGGUAAACAGGCUCACGGUUGUUUUGUGCAUACAGUCUGUAAAAUGAACUGAAAAUAUUACAUUUAGUUUAUCAGAAGGUAAAUUAAUGUGUCAUGGCUCACACGAUGUUCCUAAAUUCUG